AUGGCGCCUCUUCCUCCUCCUUUCUUUAUAUUCCUUCGCGACAGUAACCUCUUUGCACAAUUUUCUUCCUAAAGGUAGUGCUCUCUCUUCCUCGUUCAUUUUUCAUAGUCCCUCCCGACAGUACCUCUUUCCUUAAUUAUCCUCCUAAAAGAACCUCCUUCCUCACUCCAUUGCCUCACAAAUUACAUCUUGCUCCUCCGCCUUUCCUCACAAGACCACUUUCCUUUCCUCUCCCCUCCGAAAGGUUACCUCCCUCCCGAGUGCACUUCCUUUUUCUUUUCCUUCUUUCAUUUUUUCCCCCUCCAAAGGCACCUUCUCCCCGUCCCCUGCUGAGGGCACCUGUGUCUUCCCAAGGGCGCCACACUUCUUCCUGAGAGUGGUGUGGCACCCCCGUGAAGGGCCUCGGGUGCCAGCGGGGCCAACACUGCCCCGGGGAGUGUCAAGCACCGCCGCUGAGUGCCAGUCAGCGGCAGGCAGAGUUGAGUCAGCAGAGCCAGUGUGCCGUGAGCCGCCGUGGAGGGAGGUGGGUCCAGUUGGCCUGCAGUGCUGUGGCUUCACUCAUGGCAGUGACACGCGAGGCGGAGGAAAGAAAACAAAAGAAAGUAGUAAUAAUGAUUAGGAAACAAAUAUAAGACGAAACCGGAAGGACAACAACAACAACAACAAAAAAAAAAAAAAAAAUAUCAUUAAGAAUAAAAACGGAAAGAAAAGACUAAAGUAAUGGUAAUAAGUAUCUACAUGAAGAAAAACAUAUAAACGAGAAAAGUCUGCACGAAGGAGGAUUACAAGGAAUUAACUAGACAAUUACUGAGUGAACCACCGCGCGAGAGCUUAACAAGAGCAUAAUAAUAAUAAUAAUAAUAAUAAUAAUAAUAAUAAUAAUAAUAAUAAUAAUAAUAAUAAUAAUAACAAUAACAAUAUAAUUUGAUUUAAGAAUACAGAGCUCGGUAACACAAAACAGUGAAACUGGAUGAUAUAAGAACAAGGAAAACAACAACAAAACAAAAACAAAAACAAACAAAUCAAUACCGUAGAAAGCAAGAGUGAUAAACAAACAAACAAAAUAAAUGAAAAAAAACAGCACCAUGAAAUAUAACUGAGCGAAGGAAAACACAAAAAAAAGUGAAACACUAUCAAAAACCAAUCAACCAAUCAACCAAUCAAUCAACUAACCAACCAGUCAAACUCGAAAAAAAAUAAGACGAAAAGCCAUAAUUCUAGUGAUGCCUCAAGACGUUCAGUGCAUGAGGAGGCUUAGACGGUGCCUGUGCUGCGCGGUGCUGUGGGUGCUGGUGUGCGUGUGCUGUGCGGGGCGGGGGGCGGCAGGGUCAGCAGCAGGAGGUCAGCAGAACAGCACCACCACCAUCACGGCCACCCAGGGGACCACCACCCACCUCCCCUGCUGCCUACUGCCUGCUGUGGUAACGGGCCAGCAGGUGACCUGGCUGCGGCGCCGCGACCACCACAUCCUGACCUCUGGCACCGUGACUGUGACUCCCGAUCCACGAUUCAAGGUAUCCACGCACACCUGGGGAGGGUUGCAGGUGGGCGGGGUUCGAUCUGGGGACGCGGGAAGCUACGAGUGUUGCGCCACCACUCAGCCACGACACUGCUGCUUCGUGACCCUCCAUGUGGCAGAGCUGGUGAAGGAGCCGUCACUGCGGGGGAAGAGAAGCGUGUUCCUCGCAAAUAACACGGCCGCGACCUGGGACGGGCGCCUCACGGUGGAGAUCCUGGGUGGGCGGGAGGUGAACAUCGAGGCGGGGUCACGACUCACGCUGACCUGCCGUGUGACCUCCUCGCCGAGCCCCGCCACGCUGAUCUACUGGUACCACAACACCGACCUGCUGCCCUACACCAACGAGCGCGGCGGCGUCAAGCUCAAGAUUGACCACGGGACCGGGGUGACCCUGGCUCGCCUGGAGGUGGCCGGGGUGCAGACAGCCGACGAAGGGGUGUACUCGUGUGUCCCCGCCGGCUCCCACCCCGCCUCUGUCCUGGUCCACGUCCACCACGGGGAGCAAGACGCCGCAGUACAGCAGGAGAGGAUCAACACCACCACCUCCUCCUCCUCCUCUUCCUCCUCCUCUUCCUCCUCCUCCUCUUCCCCUCAUAUCUCCUUCUCUUCUUUCUCCCUUAUCUUCGUUCCCUCUCUCGCCCUUCUCCUCCUCCCCUUCAUUGCUCUUUUACCUCCUCCUUCCUUCACUGUCUCUCUCCUCCCUUCCAUUACUCUUCUCCUCCCCUUUCUUUUCUCCCCUUUUCUCCUCUUUUACCACUCGAUGGCUAGUUAUCCUUCAUUUCUUUCAUUUCUUGUUCUAAUCAUUUCCUCCAUUGCUUUCCUUCACUUCUUUCCUUCGUUUUCUCUUGUCCACUCCUUCGUAGCUCUUAUCCCCUCUCCUUCAUUCUCCACUUUCCUUCAUUCUCUCUCUUUCAUUCCCUUCCCAUUACUAACUUUUCUUCUUCCCUCGUCCUCUAUUUUCCACCUCCUCCUCCUCCUCUUCGUCCCUUCCUUCCCUCUCCUCCUCCUCUUCCUACUCAACCCAUCCUUACCAUUCCUCCUCCUUCUUCUAUUCUCGUUCGUUCCUCUUCUCCUCUCACUCACACCCUUUACCCUUCUCCUCCUCUCCCUCCCAUUCUUCUCUCUCCCUCUUCUUCUUUCCCUCUCAUUUAUUCCUUUCCUCCUCAUUCUCUCCAUCUCGACCUCCUCCAUCUUCCUCCUCCUCCUUCUCUCCCUCGCGUCCUGUACCAUCGUCCUCCUUCUUCUCUCCCUCCCAUCCUUCUUCCUCCUCCUCUCCCACUCGACCUCCUAUGUCUUCCCUCUACUCCUCCUCCUCCUCCUCUCCCUCCCGCCUCUUCCCUCUUCGCGAUGCUUGGAAAUAAAUUCCACUCCCUCACUCCACAACCUCCCUCACGCAGCGCACAACUUCGGCUUCGUCAAAACACCUCAAGGAACAUCAAUAUAG